AUGUGUGAAAUCGACGAACUGAAACAACAAUAUGGGGAUCACAGGCCUAUUUUGAUCAUAUUCUUAUUGUUCCUAUCGUUGCUGACCGUCUCCAUUUAUAUGAAUUGUCGUCUCAUCGUGAUUCUAUGUCAACGAUUCGCGAAAGAACAAGAGCUGACCUACUUCCCCAUGCUGAUGCUACUGAACAUCAUAUCAAUGAUCAACCAGCUCAUUUUGGCUGCUGGAUUGUUUCUACCAUUUGUUUCAAUUUCCGAAUGGCACGGAAUCAAGUAUCCCUUCAUCUAUGCACUGGUGACACCUUCAGAAAUAGCAGUGGCUGAUAUAAUUCUUUGUGCACAGAGAAUUUAUAUACACAAGUAUCCAACUGUAAUGGGAUCAUUUUCUCCGAAUAGAUGGGUCGGAAUAAUCGUAUUCGCAUUGUUCUCCUUCCCGGUUGGAUACGUUUCUUAUCAUGCUCAAGUGUAUACAAUGAUCUACGAAGAACAGAAAAGCUCAGCUCUGUUCACAUUUUUCUUGAUUGACACAAUAGGUAAAGGAGUAUGCGCACUGUUCUCUUUCAUCGGAUAUAUGACUAUUUACAUUUGGAGUAGAAGUAAUAAAUGUGCCGACUCAAUCAUCAGACAGGCAUUGCCAAUUGCAGGAUUUCAAUUGUUUACAAUCAUUGUUCAAUGUGGUCUUGAGUUGCAGCCUACCAAGAAGCUAGAUCCCAAAGAGCGAAUUUUCUUGGACAUUUGUUUUUCAACGGCAUGUAGUAUUGCCGUUCCUCUAUGCAUAAUGAUAGGAGAGAGUCACAAACGUGAAAUGUUCUACAGUAGUUUCUGGUGUUGUCACUGUUAUUGUCAACCGAGACCACCACCUCCGAAGACAAUUACAGAAGGAGGGAGUAGAGCAGAUAGACAGAAAAAGGAGGAAGAAGAGGCAAGAAAGGAAAGAAAGCGCGAACAAGAAGAACGAAGAAGAAGACAGAGAGAUGACAGAGAUAUUAAUUUUCAUAACUUAGAUGAUAGCUUUGAGAGUCAGCUAUAA